AUGUCAACCACAAAGCUAAUUCUCGCCAUAAACGCUGGUUCAUCCAGUGUAAAACUGUCUCUCUACUCAUCAACCCCUCCCGACUCGGAACGGAAGACAGGAAAUGCCCCAUGCCUUAUCCUUCAAUCAUCAGUUUCAAAUUUGACAUCUCCGCCUGCAGUUUUUUCAUAUACUCAUACCGAAAACUCUUCUACGUCUAGCAACGUCAAAUCUAAGGAAUUGCCGGAUGUGAAAUCUCAAGAUGAUGCCUUCAAGCAUUUCCUCGAAUACCUUUCCAAGGACUCUGAUUUGAAGCAAGUAAAUAGCGGAGAGGAUAUUACUUUCGCUUGCCAUAGAAUUGUACAUGGAGGUGAUUAUGAAAGACCAGUUGUUAUAAACGAGAAGAGUUUAAACUAUCUAAAGGAACUCACUGAUCUUGCCCCGCUGCACAAUUCUCCUGCUCUUUCACUCGUUCAAACAACUCUCAAACAACUUCCGAAAACAACAAACAUUGCUUACUUUGAUACCAGCUUCCACACUUUAUCAAUGCCCGAGCAUAUAAAGACAUACCCAGUAAAUCUCGAGCAUGCGCGCCGCAACAAGAUCCGAAAGUAUGGGUUUCAUGGCAUUUCUUACAGUUUCAUCGUGACCGAAGUAGCGGAAUAUCUCAAGAAAUCUGUUGAAGAAACCUCAAUUAUCGCACUCCACCUUGGGAGUGGCGCGUCCGCCUGCGCCAUUCGGAAUGGAAAAUCACUGGAUAACUCUAUGGGCUUGACACCACUUGAGGGACUUCCUGGUGCGACACGCAGCGGGACCGUGGAUCCAUCACUAGUCUUCCACUAUACAUCAAAUGCUGGUAGAAUAUCGCACAGCGGUACUGAGGAUAUGCAGAUCAGUAAAGCUGAAGAAAUUCUAAAUAAGAAGUCUGGCUGGUCAUCAAUCAUCGGUACAACCGACUUCUCGAAACUUAAGUCAGAUUCCCCUCCUCCACAUAGCGAACUUGUCUUCGAUUUAUUUGUGGACCGUAUUCAUAACUACAUUGGUGCAUACUUUGUAAAGCUUCGCGUCGUGGAUGGGGUGCAGUGUUUGGGGUUCUCAUUGAAUAAAAGGGCAAAUGAGAACAUCGAGAAAGAGAAUGGGAUUGUCUUGAAUAUUGGUGAGGAGAGUGCAAGGGCUCCUAAGGUCUUAAUUUGCAGUACAGAUGAGCAGUUUGAAAUGGCGAGGGAAUGCGCGAGAGACAAAGAAUUUUGGAGCAAGCUUUAG